GCCUUCUCUCUCGCUCUGUAGAGCUUCUGAUAGUGUGUGUGAGAGAGAGACACCUUCCUUAUACUGUUAUACAGCUUAUGAGUAGGCUGAAGUGAGUUCAACUUAACAUGAUUAGCUCCGUUUUCCAGUCUUGCUUGAUUGCUUGAACAACCCAGUAAUUUUAAUUCUAGUUGGUUCAGUUUCUUCUACUUUGCCGGAGCUGCUUCACUUUUGCAGUGUGCUGUCAUUGUUUUGCAUCUGGAAGCUACUAUAGAGGACGUGAAAGAUGGAGUGCAACAAAGAAGAGGCCAUCAGAACCAAGGAGAUUGCAGAGAAGAAGAUGCAAAACAAUGACUUUGCGGGAGCAAGGAAUAUUGCCGCCAAGGCCCAGCGACUAUAUCCCGGCUUAGAAAAUAUUUCCAAGAUUUUAAUAGUUUGUGAUGUGCAUUGUUCUGCAGCGAGCAAUGUCUUUGGGUCUGAAAAAGACUGGUAUGGUAUCCUUCAGGUUAAUCGAACAGCGGAUGUGGGAUCAAUCAACAAGCAGUUCAAAAAGCUCGCUCUCUUACUUCAUCCUGAUAAGAAUGCGUUUCCUGGUUCAGAAGGUGCAUUUAAAUUGAUUGGUGAAGCUCAGAAAAUGCUUGUGGAUCCCAUAGAGCGGAAAAAAUAUGAUGCGAAAUGUAGUGCAGCAAUGAAGCAGGCUAAACCGAAGGAAACUCGUAAGGGAAAUGCAAGAGAAUAUCACAUACAGUUUUUGGGCAAAGGCCUGCGUUGUGUAACAUGCGAAAAAAUCUUUACGGGAUUUGAAGUGAGUCCCCAGGGGAUGUCAUCUAGAGGUAAUGAGUCUUUUGCGAAAAGAGAGAAGAUCCACGUCAGUAUGGUCAUAAGACAGGAUCUGAGAAGGUGUCCACUAUGAAGGUUGGUGGGGAUUCUGAAGCAAAAGGGAGGGAGGAUGCAACCUUGCAAAAAGGGGAUGCCAACAAGGCAAAUGGGAUGUCGACAGAAAAUAGACUUUCUGAGAAUGGGACUAGGAAGAAGGGAAGUAAGUCAAUGGACAACUGUUCGUCCCCUAAGAAAUCAAGGGUGACUGAGCCUCCUAAUGCUGCAGCAGGUGAGACUGAAACAACUGUGGAAAGAGAUUCAUCUAAAACUGAUGAGGCAAUUGAUUCCUCAGCUGAUCUCAUGGAAAAUAAGGUGGAAAAUCGGAAGGAUAGAGCUGGUGAAUGUAACAAUGGGAAAGAAGAAGCCGUUGAAGCAGGUAAAGUCCCUUUUGCUGGUUUUUAUGAUUUCAACAAGGAUAAAAGCUUUGCAGCUGGUCAGAUAUGGGCCAUUUACGAUCAUUUUGAUGGCAUGCCUAGAUUCUAUGCACGGAUCAGGAAAGUUUUCUCAUCUAACUUUAAGGUGAGGAUGACUUUAUUAGAGGCUGAUUCUGAUGAUCAAGAUAUGAUUGAUUGGAUGACCGAGGACUUGCCUGUUGUUUGUGGUAAGUUCAAACACUCAAAGCAUGAGCACACCGAGGAUCCUAGUAAGUUUUCUCAUAGGGUCGAGUGGGCAAAAAUCCUUGGUAGAUGUCCCUAUGUGAUAUAUCCCAGAAAAGGUGAAACUUGGGCACUCUACAAGAAUUGGGACGUCAGAUGGAGCUCUGAUCCAGACAACCACAGAAUUAUGAGUAUGAGUUUGCAGAAGUCCAUUCAGAUUAUAGCGAGGAGUCGGGCAUUAAGAUAGCGUACAUAGUUCAGAUCAAAGGCUUCGCAAACCUGUUUAGGCCAACCAUAGCUAAUGGAAAAGAUUUGUUGCACAUACCACCAAAUGAAAUUCUAAGGUUUUCACAUAGGGUUCCUUCUUAUAGGAUGAAUGAUAAAGAACGAGAAGAUGUUUUUGAAGGCUGUUUUGAACUUGAUCCUGCUUCUUUGCCUACGGACAUCGAGAAGAUUUCUGAUCCUAUACAUGUGGAAGUAAAUAUUGGAAGAGGAGACACCGACUCCGAUGGUUCACUUAUUUCUUCGCGGAUGGAGAGGACUAGUAAGCCACAGGAGAGUAGAAACCCUGAUGAAAAUGCUGGGCAACCUAUUCAGAAAAAUCCCAUUGGUUCAGAUCCGGUGACUAAUCCUGAUGUCUUAGAUACAAUGGGCAAUGUUGAAAAGCAAAGAUCCACUUCACCUUCCUUUGUGGACCCUAUUAAGUCAAAUCCAGAAGCAUUAUACUACAACUUUGAGAAAGACAAAUUUCCUAACAAAUUUGUGUCCGGUCAAAUAUGGGCUGUGUAUUGUGAAUUUGAUGGCAUGCCUAAGUUUUAUGCUCACAUAAAAAAAGUAGAACUGUCCCCGAGUUUCAAGUUACAUAUAAGAUGGCUCGAAUCGUGCAGUCUACCAAAGGGUAGUAGAAGGUGGCUUGACAAAGAAAUCCCCAUUUGCUGUGGUACAUUUAAACAUGGUUAGAAGGCAGAAUUUGAUGACACUACAUCUUUCUCUCAUAUGUCAAGACCAGUUACAUUUAGCAAGACUAACAAGUUCGAAAUCAACCCAAGGAAAGGGGAGGUGUGGGCGUUAUAUAAGAACUUUAAUCCUAAACUGUCGCUUUCUGAUCUGCGGAAGUGUGAAUACGAGAUUGUUGAAGUCCGUGAAGUGAAACCUCGGCUGAUACAAGUGUUGGUUUUGAAGCAGGACUGUGAGUCUGUUCAUUUUGGAACUGUUUUCAAGAGUAAAAGAAAUGGACGGAAAUGCACUAUGGAAAUACCAGCAGUUGAUCUACUUAGAUUCUCUCACCAAAUUCCUGCUUUCCCACUUGCAAAUAAAGUACAUGAAAAGCUGCAGGAAUGUUGGGAGCUUGAUCCCAAAGCUUUGCCAGAAUCUUACAUUUUCGCCUGAAGAGCAAGUAGAAGUGGCUGAAGAUCGGCGAACAGGUUUUUUCACUGAUAAUUCCAACUCUUGAGAACUUCUCUCAAGGAGGUUUCAUUUCCAUUUUUCACGGAGCUUCUUCAAGUUUGUGUUCUACCGCCGUGGAGUAAGUGCAUAUGGAUUUUUGUAGAUUGAAAUGGAAUGCCUGUCUUUGUACACAAACUUGUGAUGUUUAAGAAUCUUUUUGUAUAUACGACAGUCUCUUGCAUCAAUUCUUCGUAUCUUUAGUUUUA